GACGAAUCCUCGGACCGUAUUCUGGUGCAAGCCGCUGAGCAGAUGUGUGUGGUAUAACCGCCAGCAUUUCAGCAACUCUUAUUCUUUCGUUCACCAGUCUCUUCGGUCAAUUGAACAUGCUGUCUGGCAGCGAGUCAGAGGCAUCCUUCGUUAUGGUCGGGCCGGAAAGAUCUCAAGUGCUCCAAGAGCCCGCUUCGUCAGAGGACAGUUCCGAGCAGGCUGUGUCUCCCUUGCACAUUCCUGCUAGUGUCGCAAGCAGCGCGCCAUCUCCGAAUACCUCACCACCGUCUGCGCAUGACUGGUCAUCCGCAGGCACAGGUGGCGAACUCAAAAUACAUGGCCGUCAUUUCAUUGAUGCUCAAGGACGGGUCUGCAGCCUCCGUGGUGUUAACCUUGCUGGCAAUUGCAAAACACCGAUGAACCACGAUCAUGACACGUUCCCAGCUAACCAUGCCGACGUUACAUUUGUCGGACGUCCAUUUCCGCUGGAGGAGGCACACGAUCACUUUGCGAGGUUGCGCAGAUGGGGCUUGACUUUCAUUCGUUUCCUUGUCACAUGGGAAGCAGUUGAACAUACAGGACCCGGUAUCUAUGAUACGCAAUAUCUAGAGUACAUCCGCUCGCUACUUUCGCUCCUUCCUCAAUACGGGAUGACUGCGUUCAUUGUACUGCACCAGGACGUCUGGUCCCGUUACUCUGGCGGCUCGGGCGCCCCCGCGUGGACACUUGAGGCUGUAGGCUUCGACUUGCACAACCUCGAGGAGCCCGGCGCAGCGUGGCUGAAGGGUGUCAAGGGCGGUGGGCACGUAGAGGACGAGCGAGGCCUCUGGCCGUGUGGUUAUCAGAAGCUUGCGGCAGCGACGAUGGCAACGUGCUUCUGGGCAGGAGACAAGUUUGCGCCGAAGCUGAAGGUCAAGGAUCCGCAAGGCGAGGAAGUUUCCAUACAAGUGUUCUUACAGACGGCCUAUCUCAACAUGUGGGAAGUUGUUGCGAAGGCGGUCGGUGAUCUGGAGGCUGUGCUGGGAUUCGAGAUCAUGAACGAACCUCACAGAGGAUAUAUUGAGCUGAAGUCGAUGCAUGCGUUCGACUACAACACGGAUCUCCACCUCGGGCACGUCCCUACCGCCUUCCAGUCGUUCAUGCUCGGCGCCGGCUACCCAACAGAGGUCGGCUUCUGGACACGCUCAUUCCCAGUGCCGACACGGCUCACGUCGAAGGGGGUCAUCAAUACGAAGCGCCAGAAGGCGUGGCGCGAUGACGGGCCGACGCGUGGGCAGUGCUUGUGGCAGAUGCACGACGUGUGGGGUUGGGACAAGCAGAAGAACGAGGGUGUCGUUCUGCGCGAGAACUACUUUGUGAAAGAUCCGACGACCGGGCGCAAGAUUGACUGGUACACGGACUGUUACUACCUAUUUGUUCAGAAGUGGACGCAGCGUGUUCAGAGCGUUUCCAGUUCGGAGAAACUCAUAUUCGCGGAGCCUAUACCGAAUGAGUUCUGUCCUUCCUCGUGGACGCCUGAGCGCCAAUCUUCGAACAUGGUAUUCACUCCUCACUGGUACGAUCUGCAUGCACUGUUCACAAAAUCAUAUGGGGACUUCACUGCCAACGUGCAAGGGCUCUCGAGGGGCAUGUUCCCGCUGAAGGGAUUCUAUUGGGGUCAUCAGGGAGCUCGGGACAAUUUCUCGCUCCAGAUCCGGAAUCUGGUCGAGGCAGGCUAUCGGUCCUUGGGAGAAAGGCCGGUCAUCAUCGGCGAGUGUGGGGUACCCAUGGACAUGAACAAAGGAGACGCGUUUAAGACGGACAAUUGGACCUGGCAGCUGCGUAUGAUGGACGCGAUGAUCACCGCCCUGGAUCGGUCCCUGGUCGGGUUCACCUUAUGGAACUACAACCCAGAUAAUGACGACCAUAAGGGCGACGACUGGAACGGAGAGAACUUCUCGUGGUUCAGUCGCCGACGUGGCCUAACGGGUGCUUGGCUGGACCAUGCGCAGACGUCUUCCCUGCUAGACAACGGCAGUCGCAUUCUCCGUGCGAUCGUACGGCCGUAUCCCGCGAAGACGGCCGGGGUGCCUAUCCGCUUUGACUACGAGAUGAACACCGGAGAGUUUUCGUUUGAGUGGGUCGUCCCUUGGAGCUCGAAGGAGACUGUGUCGAACCCCAGCUUUGGCGUCAACGAUCCGCCGCUGACAGAUUGGCCGUUACUCAACAGUAAGGACACAGAGAUCUUCCUGCCGUCAAUGAUCGCGCAAGGCCGGCGGGUCGUCGUGAAGGGACUGGGUCAAGGAGAUCAGUAUAGGUACGACGAAGAUCGGCAGACGUUGACGAUCACCACGGACGACAUGACUCCUGGCGUGCGCCACCGCAUCGCCGUGUCGGUGAAACCGGGGCUGAAGGGCGCGUUCGAGGUGAACAGCUUCUGGACCGAUUUCGGGCCUCAUUUCGCUGCUAUUGGGAUUAUCAUUUUGGCGAUUUUUGUGAUGGUCGUUAUAUCGAAAUUGCUUGGGAAGAUCUGACGUGCUCCGAUUUACUGAUGUAACUGCUGGAGUUUAGUGUGGGACUUUGAUUGCUCUAGGAUCACCAAUAUAAUAUAUAUAUAGAUGUCAUGCAAGUCUGCCG